AUGCGAUCCUCUUUUCCACACCUUUACAUGGAUCGGCUACGAAUUACCCAGGUUAACGAUGUGUUCUACAUCGAUCAUUUCGAUGGAAAGGCUCACGUCCGUGGCACUCUGCACCUCACACUGACCCACGUUUUUUUCAUCGCUAUCUCUAGGAAACAGGAGAUCUGGCUCCGGAAUCAGCUGAUCGCUUCAGUUCAUCGUCCACCAUUGACCACUAAAGGUGCUCCCUUGAUAAUUUGUGGCAAGAACUUCCGUGUCAUCCGUUUGUUGAUACCGCGAGAACGGGAUUGUCAUGAUGUGUACACAACCAUCAAACAACUGAGCACUGUCACACGCAUCGACGAUCUCCCCUGUUUCCAUCGAACCCCAUCUCCUUGUCACUGGGAUCGUUCCGAGGGCUGGGACACGCGCGAUCUAGUCGUGCAAUUCGCUCGCUUUGGAUUGCCCAAUGCGUCUUGGGUUUUAACUGAAGUGAAUCGCGAUUACAAGGUCUGUGACACAUAUCCCACAGUUUUGUGCGUCCCUGCCACUGCAACCAAAGCCAUGAUGCAUGCCAGUGCUCGUUUCCGAAGCCGCGGCCGGUUCCCAGUGCUUACCUACUUUCAUCCGAAUGGUAAGUCUGCACUGUGUCGUUCAAGCCAACCAUUGGCUGGCUUCUCCUCCCGGUGUGUGGAAGAUCAAAUGCUAUUGGAAGCAAUCCGGUCAGCCAGUCCAUCCACGUCUCCUUUAUACGUGGUAGACACGCGUCCCGCUCUUAAUGCGCUGACCAAUCGAGCCCAAGGAAAAGGCUAUGAAGAUGUGACUGUUUACCGAAACAUCUCCAUCCAGUUCUUUGACAUUGAAAACAUACAUGUGGUCCGAGGCUCACUGGAGAAAUUGUUGAAAGUGGCUCAGGAGCCCGCAAUGAGUCUGGAGGCAUUCACCUCCGGUGUCGAAAAGUCCGGUUGGCUUCGUCAUCUGCGCGUGAUUCUCGAAGCUGCGUUUUCUGUGGCUGCCCGACUUAACGAUGGAAGUUCCGUUCUGGUACAUUGUUCGGACGGUUGGGAUCGCACUGCUCAAGUCUGUUCUCUGGCUCAAAUUAUACUGGAUCCCUACUACCGGACCUUUGCCGGACUCGAAGCGCUUGUCAAGAAAGAUUGGCUUUCAUUUGGGCACAAAUUUUCUGAACGGCAUGGUUUGACGACAUCAUCUGAUCCCCGCGAAAUUUCUCCCGUCUUCACCCAAUUCUUGGAUUGUGUUCGACAUUUGUGUGAAUAUUGUCCGACGGAAUUCGAAUACAACUGCGAUCUUCUAUGCUUACUUCACGACGAGGCAUACGCUGCUUCUUUUGGGACCUUUGUUGGUUGUAGUGACGUGGAACGUCUGAAGUUGAAGUGA